GAUAUAUGCAUAUGCUCGGUCCCAGAACUUAUGCACGUGCAGAGAGUAAUGGAGUGCAUUUAGCACUAAGUUUCAAGCGGACCAAGCUAAGUGUAAACUUAAAGAAAACAGAAAAACAUGUUGAAUCUAAUAACAUUAAAGAAAAACAAGUGAAAAAACAAAAAUUUGAAUUAGUUCAAAAGUAUCUCAAUAAACUUAGUAAUGAACCUGAAAUUUUUAAGUUUUGCAAGAGAUAUAAAGAUGAAUUAGAGGAGAAAAU